GAAUUGUGGCAUCAAUGAUUGCUGAAUAUACUGGGAAAUCGGCCGAUGAAAUUUUCGGUUUACUGGAACUUCCUAGAAACCCUGAACUUGGUGAUAUCACUAUCGCUGUGCCCAGACUUCGAAUUAAAGAAAACCCGGUUCAAUUAGCUCAACAAUUGGUCAAGAAAUUUGUACCUAAUGAAUAUAUAAUUGACUCAUCACAAGUCGAUCAUUAUUUGAAUUUCCGAUAUUCUCACCCUCUACUUACAAAAUCGCUUCUCACGCAUAUAUACGAAAAAAAAGAAAUCUAUGGUACUAAUAAGUCAGGAGAGGGUAAAACAUGUGUUAUCGACUAUAGCAGCCCGAACAUAGCUAAACCUUUUCACGCUGGUCACUUGCGUAGUACGAUAAUUGGUAAUUUUGUCAAGAAUGUACAUGCCGCCAAUGGUUGGAAAACUAUUGGAUUGAAUUACCUUGGUGAUUGGGGCAAACAAUAUGGUCUAUUGGCAGUUGGAUUUGAGAAAUAUGGAUCUGAGGAGGAGUUGCUUAAGAAUCCUAUUAAACAUUUAUACGAUAUUUACGUGAAAACUAAUGCCGAAAUCGAGAAGGAUGCCACUAUAGAUGAUCAGGCGCGUGCAUACUUCAAGAAAAUGGAAGAUGGUGAUGAAGAGGCACUUGCUUUAUGGAAUAAGUUUAGAAAUCUUAGUAUAGAGAAAUAUAAGGAAACUUAUGCACGUCUAAACAUCGAUUUUGAUGUUUAUUCUGGUGAAUCCCAAAUAAGUAAUGAUAAAAUGAUGCGUGGAUUGGAUAUACUCAAGGAGAAAAAUAUUGUUAAGGAGUCUGAAGGAGCAUUGAUUGUCGACUUGAAAAAAUACAAAUUAGAUGUUGCGCUAGUUCAAAAGAAUGAUGGCACUACACUAUAUAUCACGCGUGAUAUUGGUGCCGCUAUGGAACGAUAUGAAAAGUAUAAAUUUGAUGCGAUGUAUUAUGUGGUGGCUAGUCAGCAAGAUCUACAUUUUAAACAGCUAUUCAAAAUUUUGGAAUUAAUGGAAAUAGAGUGGGUAGAUCGAUGCAAGCAUAUAAAUUUUGGUAUGGUCAAGGGGAUGAGUACUCGCAAAGGAACAGCUGUUUUCUUGGAUGAAAUUCUCGAUCAAACCAAGGAAAGUAUGCACGAAGUGAUGAGACAGAAUGAAAAAAAAUAUUCACAGAUAGGUAAUCCAGAAUAUGUGUCGGAUGUAAUUGGUAUUUCGGCUGUGAUGGUUCAGGACAUGUCGGCUAAAAGAAUUCGGAAUUAUGAAUUUGAUUGGAAUCGAAUGUUUUCGUUUGAAGGAGACACUGGUCCAUACCUUCAGUACGCUCACGCGCGUUUGUGUUCAAUUGAGCGUAAUUCUGGACUUGUAGUAAAACCUUCGAUAAAUUUCGACCUAUUGAAUGAAAAACCUGCGAUCGAACUCAUAAGUAUGAUUGCUCAAUACCCGGAUGUAGUCAAAUCUGCUCUAUACACACUGGAACCGUGCACUGUUUUAACGUAUGCAAUGAAACUAAGCCACGUCGUUUCAGUGGCUGUAGAAUCUUUAUGGGUUAUGGGGGUAGAAUCGCAACUGGCAGAGGCCAGAUUAUUAAUGUUUUGGGCAACGCGAAUAACACUGGGUAAUGCUCUCAAAUUGUUAGGUCUCAAGCCUUUGGAAAGAAU